AAUUUUAGAAUAAGAAUGACAUUUUAUAUGUUAAAUUAAAGUUUGAAUAUAAUAACAAUUUUUUAUAAUCGUUCAUCGAGUUUAAGCAAAGUGUACCUAAUAAUGUUAAGAUGAUUUAUGAAAAUGUGCUGAUAAUUGUGUAGUAAAUAAAUCUUUUUAAUCGAAAAAAUAAAUAAAUAAAAGAAAUGGAUAAAAAUCUACCACCAACAUUUGUAAAAGGUUUUCAUGAUGAGGAGGCUGUACGAAAAAUGAAAUAUGUUCCAUUUGGAAACACUGGAAUGGUGGUUUCAAAAAUUGGUUUAGGGGGAGCUUGCUUUAGUUCAUUGUUUGGAGAAUGUGAUGAACAGGAGGCAAUUGCAACAAUUCAUAGCGCACUGAAAAGUGGAAUUAAUUAUAUUGAUACAGCACCGUUUUAUGGCCAGGGUUCGUCAGAAACACUCUUAGGGAAGGCUCUUAAAACUAUUCCUCGAGAAGCAUACUACAUUGCAACUAAAGUUGGACGAUAUGGACCUACGAGUUUCGAUUAUUCUUCAAAACGAAUUCUUGAAAGCGUUAAUCAUAGCCUACACUUAUUAGGACUGUCUUCGGUGGAUAUUAUUCAAGUCCAUGAUAUUGAAUUUGCAGAAAGUCUUGAUCCAAUUUUAAAUGAAUGUUUGCCAACACUAGAGAAACAUGUAAUAAAAACCGGAAAAGCAAAAUUUAUUGGUGUAACAGGAUAUCCAGUGUCAGUGUUAAAAGAAUGCAUAGCAAAAAGCCACGUGAAAAUUUCUUCAAUUAUUUCAUAUUGCCGGUUUACUCUCGUUGAUGAUACACUUAGUGAAUAUUUGCAAUUUUUUAAGGAGAAUGAUGUCGUUGUUAUAAAUGCAUCCACACUACAAAUGGGAUUGUUGUCAAAUAAUGGACCACCAUCGUGGCAUCCGGCUGAUGAUAGCACAAAACAAAUUUGUAAGGAUGCUGGAACUUACUGUGAGGCCAGAGGAGUAGAACUAGGUCAACUGGCUUUAAAUCAUGCAUUAACAAAAACACCUGGUCCUACAAUGCAUUUAGUUGGUAUGAAUAAUCGAAAUAUCCUUAAAUAUAAUUUGGAAGUAGUUUACAAUGACCUUGAUGCAAAGCAACGUGAAGUUUUGAGCGACAUUAAUGAAAAGUUUUUUUCCAAAAUAAAAAAUCGGCAUUGGGAAGGAAUUGAAGUUAAAGCUUAUCGAGCAACACUUGGCUGAAAAUAAUAAAAAUUCAUCUCUAUUCGCAAUGUUCUCUAUAUAGGGGAGAGUUAACUGCCAAAUCAUUGGUACCACCAUAGACAAUGCGUAUUACUUCUAGAUUU